AUUUGGUGUUGUUUAAGAGAAAAAUGAUAUUUAACUUGUGGUUUACGUAGUUUGAUAUGUGCAGUACAUAAAAUGCUUUCACAUAUUUCAUCAUGAGAUGGCCACCACUUAAUAAAUUCUUUUUAUGUAUUUUGAUCAGUAUUAAAUAUUUUUUUCACCAAAAUAGUAUAUUUUGUAAUAGUGUAUUUGGACAGAUACAAUUCUAGCGAAUAUGCUCCCUGGCGCGUUUCCCCAAACUCCCGGGACUCUACCCUAGCUUUGGGUUUUCUCCGCUGCUCAGCCCUCUCUCCACCGUAACUCUAUGCCGGCGGCCGCCGUCACAAAAUUCCGACCAGAUCUUUCUUCUACUUUUGGAAUCCUGAUGUUGAGGGCUAUUUAUUUAUGGUGCCAGUUUAUGGGUGGGAGGCUUCCUCUGCACUAGAUCUUGGAUCUGUCGAGUAUUGUUCUUACCUCAUCUCUGAGGAAUCUGUUUUGUUCCUCCGUCUCUUAAGCACGAGCCUGUCUUUCGCUGAUGUCGACGUCUCGAAUUCUCUCCCAAAGAUUUUCGCCUUCUCUGUCAAUGGAGUCUCUUGAAGCUGUUUCAUCUGAUUUUCUUUCCUUGCCGCCCGAACCACCAGAUUUGCCUUCUCUAUCAAUGGAGUCUCUUGAAGCUGUUUCAUCUGCUUUUCUUCCCUUGCCGCCUGAACCACCACAUCCCGAUCUCGACGUGAUGCUUCUGGUGGAUCCUCCUCUCCCUCCAGUUCCCCCCGACCCUCCACCGAUUCUCGUAGAUGCAGGUGUGCUUCUGUUGAUGAAUCUUUUACUGUAUGAAGUUGAACUCUCCAGCUCUUUCACCACUAAACGGGAGACGGUGGCUAUUGAGAUCUCUGUUACAAAGGUUUUGGGGUUCUUGACAGCUGACUGCAAGCUUGCCUUCCACCAUUACUCAUCACUUCAAGUUCUCGAGGACUGGACUUCGAAGGUUGAAAUAUUGGCGGGGGUGAUUUGUCUUUAUGCAGUUUUUAGUAUCUCAGAGCAACUUUUCGGAGUGCAUCUCCCCACUGUUAUGUUCAGUUCUCAGUCAAAGUAUAUCCUUCAUUGGAAACCUUGGUCACAGGUUGUUGGACCCAUCUUCCCUUGCUCCAGGAGUUCGCAAGGUUCAGGUUUGUCUAUGUGGUCAGGGCAGUUCGUCCCACAGCAAUCAAACUAUUGGAAGACAUAUUUGGCUAAUGAAACUUGGAUCAUGAGUUCUACUCAAAGCGUCAAAGCUGGAACGCUGCAGAAAGUUCCUCACUCAACAUUAUCAUCUGGAUAUUUAAAUCUUCAGAUUCUAGCGGACUCUAUUGUCCUCUUCUUUGCCCUGCGCUCGGGGUUGGAUUUGAUUGAGAUUACAGGUUCUUCAUUGUUAGAAACCUUGUCCCUCUCGUCAUUCCGUUAUCAUGUUUUUAUCAUUUAUGCAAAACCUUCUGUUUAAUGGUUGUUACUUAUGUAAUGGGUGGUGCCCCCAAACUUGGCUCUUAAGUACUCUGGUUUGAGUUAUGAAAUUAAAAUUGUUGACAAAAA